AGUUUGUAGACGAGAAUGCAGUACCUUGCCGCCUACUCUCUUGUGGCGCUGUCGGGCAACGCCCCGUCCAAGAAGGACGUGGAGGCUGUCCUGAAGGCCGCCGGUGUGUCUGUGGACUCUUCCCGCGUGGACGCCGUGUUUGCCGAGUUGGAGGGCAAGAACCUUGAGGAGGUGAUGGCCGAGGGCCGCUCCAAGCUGGUGGGCUCCGGCUCCGCCGCCCCCGCCGCUGGUGGCGCCGCCGCCCCGGCCGCUGGUGGUGCUGCCGCCGCCGCCGACGCGAAGAAGGACGAGCCCGAAGAGGAGGCGGACGACGACAUGGGCUUUGGUCUGUUUGACUAAUUCCUGUCAACUUCGAACCGUCGCUACUCUACGAGUUGUGCGCGGUGUGAAUGCAAGAGUACUACUUCUGGCUCCCAACGCAUAUGUGCUUUCUAGUUUUUGUUUUCAUGUUUUCAUUCACCUAGAACAAA